AUGAAUCGACAGAUUCAUUGGAAUGAGUACAUGUCUCGAUUCCAAUACAAAAUCCAGUAUGUAGAAGGCGCGACCAAUAAGGUCGUGGACUGCCUAUCGAGGUAUUAUGAGAACAACAAUGCGGAUGAAUUCACACCCAUCCAGGACUAUGCAAAUGCAGAUGUUCAUCUAGACCCUGAGUGGGAUGACCUACCCUCCAACCGCAUUGCUGAGCUGCAUGCCAGAAUGACCCAGCGCUCAGCACAGCUGUCCAAGGAUGUGCAGGAGUCAAGGGAUCAAGAGGCCAGUGAGAUGGCCUCCCAUCUGCUGCUAGUGACACCAACUCCAGGUGCAAAGGACGAGGACCCGACAAUUGCUGAAUCACAUACCAACGGACCUCCACUGAAGGCCCGUCUGGAACAGGAUACCCCUUUCCUGGCCGCAGUCCAAAAGGGCUACGGCGAGGACCCAUUAUUCAGGAAGGUCAUUGAAUCCCCAACGGAAUUCAGCACCUUUGUAAUCCGGGACAAGACCAUAUAUACGAAGAACCGCUAG